UCAAGUCGACGACAUUCAAAGCUAGACUAUUUUUUAAAUAUAUAUAUUUAUACAUAUAUAUAUAAGUAAUUUCCUAUAAUAUGUCAUAAGAAUAUAAUGACAGAGGGAUAGUAUUGAUUUUCAUCUUAACUCAAUUUAAAAAGACAAGACAAUUUAUUACAUUUCUUCUUGUCAGUAGUUCGUAUUCUUCUCGCUCAUAAUUAAAUCACACUAUGAGUACACUAAUUAGCUUAUUAAAUAACAAUAAUUAUUCAAGCAAUUAUCUGUCAACUUGACGUUAAACCGUUCAAAUAAUAAAUAAUUAAUUUUUUAUAAAUAUUAUUUAACAAAAUGGACGUACAGAAAAAAUUUUUGUGUCCAAGACUGGUUGAUUAUUUGGCUAUCGUUGGAACUAAAGCACCACCAGUUUCACGACAACCUGUUCAGUUACCGGAAUUAUUACGUCGCUAUCCAGUUGAAGACCACAAAGAUUUUCCAUUGCCGCUGGAUAUGGUUUACUUUUGUCAACCAGAAGGUUGUUCAAGUGUUGGGCCUAAAAAAAGUGCACAGAAAGAUUCAACAUCAUUUACAUUUACUCUCACUGAUAAAGAUUCUGGUAAAACUCGUUACGGAAUAUGUGUUAAUUUUUAUCGACCAAUUGAACGCUGUACGUCUGCAUCCGGGUCUAAUAACGUCUGGAAAAAAAAGGACAAAAAUGACAUUAAGUUACGUAAAGAAAGUUGGCGUAGGAGUAUGGAGCGUAGCACUGAUUCAGCGUUUUCGAGUGACCACAGGAGCAGCGUAAUUGGUCCCAGUGAUUCUGAAAGAGAAUUCCCAAGUCGUAGAGGAUCUGAUACACCAUUAGCCAGUAGGGCUCCUCGCUUGGGAAUAACUGCACCGAGUUGCGACAGCGAAAGUGGUGGAAGUCAUUCGCCGUCACCUCGAGCUUCUCGUCGACGUCAAAGGAUAAGAAAUCAUUCAUUAACUUCAUUAUGUAUUAUUUCUCACCAUCCAUUUUUUUCACGUUUUCGUGAAUGUUUGUUUGUGUUAAAAAAACUUAUUGACGCUUGUAAUGAAAAUGCGUUGCCGCAAAAAGUUGGAGCAUCACGACAGACAAAUAAAGACACUGUCUGGAGUGUACUGACGUCGCAAACCUUCCAAGGAGCUUCAUCACUCGUAUUACAUGACGUACGUGAAAUAGAAACCUGGAUUUUGCGAUUACUCAGUGCCCCAGUUCCAGUUCCUGAUAAAACGCGGGUAGAACUUGAAAUUUUAUCACCACAAGUUCCGGCUUUAUGUUUUGCUCUGCCAGAUCACACGCGUUUUUCUCUUGUUGAUUUUCCUUUACAUCUUCCAUUAGAACUUUUAGGCGUUGAAAUUUGUCUAAAAGUCCUAACAUUAAUUCUUCUAGAACAUAAGAUUGUCCUCCAGUCAAGAGAUUACAAUGCUCUCUCAAUGUCCGUAAUGGCAUUCGUUACAAUGAUUUAUCCAUUAGAAUACAUGUUCCCAGCUAUUCCGCUACUGCCGACGUGCAUGAGUUGCGCUGAACAAUUACUAUUAGCACCAACGCCUUUUGUCAUCGGAAUACCCGCCACCUUUUUGAUGUACAAAAAAAAUUUUCGUAUGCCAGAUGAUAUUUGGCUAGUCGAUUUAGACAGCAAUAAAAUAGUUCCACCAAGUGGUCAUCAUGAGACAAUACCUCCGCUUCCGGAACCCGAAGGCACUAUUUUAAAAAAUCAUCUCAAACAGUCAAUGCAAUUAAUGGAUCAAGCCGGCUCUAAUAAUAUAAAUAUGGGGUCAAAUCAGUUAUCAUCGAAAACAUCUCCGCAGUCUGGAGUGCCGUCUCCAAGCCGCAGAGAAAGCUCAGCAUCUCAUCAAUCAACUCUAAGUGUGAUACCUUCAUCGCGACAUAGACCUAGUGUAGAUCAAGGAAACUCAUCACAACAUAGUCCAAUAAGUUCCCCUGGAGCAUCAACAGCAUCGAGCCCGAGUCGUUUGUCAUUCAGUAGCCCGGUUGGAGCAAAACCAACCAAUCAAUCUCAGCAGCAGCAACAGCAACCGUUCAACCCUUUCAUUUACGGCAAUGAUGUGGACUCAGUUGAUGUGGCGACACGUGUAGCGAUGGUCAGAUUCUUUAAUUCGCAGAAUCUACUAGCGAAUUUCACGGAACAUACUCGCACACUAAGACUUUAUCCCCGUCCAGUGGUUGCGUUUCAGAUAAAUUCAUUUUUACGAUCACGCCCAAGGACAAGUGAAUUCUUGGAUAAAUUUGCUCGAACCCAAGCCGUUGAAUUUUUAGCAGAAUGGUCUCUGACUCCAAACAAUGUUGCAUUUUUGCGAGUCCAAACUGGCGUAUUUGAUCCAGCGCAAAUUGGAGACAAGGCUCGUUGGUUUGCUGAUUCAUUGGAGCCUAUUUACUUUUCUGUAUGGGAUGCUUCGAACUCUCUUAUCAAUGCUAUAAAAUCGCUCGAGGAAAUGGAAAACCAACCGACAGAUGAAAGCGGAUCUGAUUCUGAAGGCGCUGAGAACACUAGUUCAUCUUAUUCAUCUUUAUCUGACUUUGUUUCGGAAAUGGCUUCAUCUGAUUUAUCACCCAGUAACAAUCAUUCACAAACAACCCAGCAUCAAAUGUCAUUGUCAGUGGAUCCUAAAAAUCUUUACAAUCCUCCAGACUCAUUACAGUAUCCCGGUAAUGAAGAAGAUACAGCAGCACGCCCUGAUAGUCCAGCAAGUACUUCUUCUAGUCACAGUGAUCUCAGUAGUCCAAGUUGCAAUCGAGACUCUGAACUUGAACUUAAUCCGAAAGCUCAAGAAAUUUUUCAAGUUCCAAAAAAUAUGCCGCCGAUUAUUCCAAGUCUGGAACGACAACCGAGUAUUGGAAACGUCAUGGACCGGACUCCGAGUAUAACUGGGACCGGUCCACUGCUACCUCGUCAAAUGAGCAUCGGAGAUAAUUCACAACGUAGAUCUAGUCUAGCUGGAAGUCCCAAAGUAAACGAACGCUCACCAGCUUCACCAGUUAAUCCAAUCACUCGACAGAGCAGCGACAAAAUUGACGGCAACGGUGUACUCAGACAGUCAUCUCAAGGAUCGUUAUUUGAACAAAUAGCUUCUCAGGCCAAAGAUUUGGUUCGUGAAACCACAAGACAAAGUAGCCAAGACGGUAUCUUAGCUCACAUGGACAAGCUGAAGAUUCAAGCGAAAGAAAAAAUAAACGAAGCAGGAGAAGACAGUCUUUUUGCUCCUCUUGAACAUCUGACACAACAAACGAAAAAAGCUGUAGACGGCGCAACAAAGUCUGUGCAAGAAGCUUCGAAAUCAGCUUUAGAAGCUAGCAAGACCGCUGCUGGUGUCAGUAAAAAUACUCUUGACGAUUUGACUUACGUGGGAAAAAGUACUUUUGGGGAUUUAACUAAAAGUGCUAAGGAAGCAACCAAGAAAGGUCUAUUGAAGAGCUUGGGUGAAUCUCAACAGUCUUCAGAACAAAUACCCCAGUCAUCACGCCAAUCACUUAAACGUGAUUCAUUGAACACCCAGUUAGUAGCGUCAGAAUCACGGGGUGGUCGACGAGAUCUUGGUCGUGAUUUUUUCAGUAAUGUCAGCAAUGAUAUUAAUGGAAUAGCCGCUCAAACGAGCAAUAUGUUCAGUGAUUUAUUCGGUAGUAAAAAUAAUUCAAAUCGCAAUAGUAAUAAUUUAUUAUCGGGAGCUCAGAAGGUCAAAGAUAAAUCGUCAAUGCCGUCAUUUAGUCCAUUUAAGCGCGGGAAAGGUGGAUUAAUGGAUAAAUCAUCAUUAAUAAAGCACACUAGCAAUAGAAAUGACGCUGAGGAUAUUCAAAGAGCGCAAAACAACGAGCGAACAAAUACAAACAAUGACAAUCAAGCUUUUAUUACUGAAGUUAUUAAUCAAGUUCUCGCUGGUGAGGGAAUUGGUUAUUUCAAACUUAAUAGAUUAAAGAAACUUAUGGAAGAUGAAAGUUAUCGAGACGUUGUCGUCACUAAAUUAAAUCGCGGUAUAAAUCGUAAAAUAAGUCCUGAUGAUCACAUUGACGACGUCUGUAUAUCGCGGCCAAUUUAUAAAGGAAUGCUAAUGUGCCUUCAAGCAGUGGCCAGUGGUUUAGCUCAUACUUAUCAUAAUUACGGCCUCGGUGGUAUGGCAUCGGUAUUUCAAUUAAUGGAAAUUGCUCAUACACACUAUUGGAGUAAGGAUCUCACUGAUGGAGGAUAUGAAGCGCCUCUGCUAUUACAAGCAAGCUCAUUUGAAAGUCAUGAAAAUUUACGGUCUAACUUGACUAAUAAAUCAGAACUGGUUGACGUCACCAAAACACUAUCAUCACAGCAUUUACAUGAUGGAUCACAAGUUCACUUGGAAAUAUCACAUGCAGUAUCGCCGUCGUCUGCCAGUGACAGUAAUCAAUCGACGGCAGAUUUAUUUCUUGAUAUGUUUUCAAAAAAAGGAAAAUUAUUAAGUAAACUGGCGUCUUUUGAUUCUGAAAGUGGUAGUCGUACGACGCAUGGGUCAUCGAUUAUUAGUUCAAGUGAUACAUCGGAUAAUAAAAACGCGCUAUCAAACCAUCCAGCAUUCCGACAGUCUCAUCAGUCAACAUUAUCGAUACGUAGUGCUGUAUCGGACAGUGAAGUUGAGCAGGGUAAUAAUCGUAAUGAAAAACGAGGUAGUAUUUGGUCAAGUAAAUCAUCUUUAAGUGCUGGGUUUCGUUAUCACGGCGGGAAUUUAUUGCCAACUACUACGACACCUAGUCCAGAAGCUGCGAGAACUUAUUUAUUUGAAGGUCUGUUGGGUAAAGAAAGAUCACGACUAUGGGAUCAAAUGCAAUUUUGGGAAGACGCGUUUUUAGAUGCCGUAGCACAAGAACGUGAUAUGAUUGGUAUGGAUCAAGGGCCAGGUGAAAUGAUGGAAAGAUAUAAAAGUUUGAGUGACAGUGAACGUCGUCGACUAGAACACGAUGAAGAUCGACUACUGUGUACAUUAUUACAUAAUUUAACAGCAAUAUUAGUAAUGCUUAAUGUAGAAAAAGUAGAACUUAAACGAAAAAUUCGUCGGUUGUUAGGUAAAAGUCAUAUCGGUUUAAUAUACAGUCAGGAGCUUAAUCAAUUACUCGAUCAAAUUGACAACUUGCACGGGAACGAUAUCGAUUUGAAGCCACUGACGUCUCGACAAAUGCAUAGACAAUCGUUUACCGUCCAUGCUGGUACAGAUGCCGAAGGCGAGUUACGUUUUCUAGAAGUUCGGCAUGAUGGAUUAGUAUUACGAUCGGUAAACGGUGUAAUUGUCGAGCGUUGGUGGUAUGAACGCUUAGUUAAUAUGACAUGUAGUCCCAAAAAUAAGGUAUUAUGUUUAUCUAAACGUAAUGGCGACCAGUUGGAACUGCAUAAUUAUUAUACGAAGAAAAGUAAGGAUCUUUACUACUGUAUAAAAGAUGCGAUUGAAAAAGCAGCAGCUCGCGGUCGAGCUAAUCUAGGAGUUGAACUGGGUGACGAAUUUCCAGUGCAAGAUGUCAAAACCGGGGAAGGCGGAUUACUUCAAGUAUGCAUUGAAGGUGUGGGAUUAUUAUUUGCCAAUAGCAAGUUCUUCGUGAGGUUUGAACAUAUUCGAAAAUGCUUCACUCAAAACGGGGGCAUUUUUGUACUUGAAGAAUUUAAUCCUAAGACACGACAAAUAAUUCAGCAUAAAUAUUUAUCAUCGAUGGCAAGAGAAAUAUGUUAUGCAGUCAUAUGUGUAUUUUCUUAUUUGGCAACGGGACUAAAACAACGUAAAUUAUCAAGACAAGAGCAAGAAUCGUUAUCAAAUACUGGUGUCACUAUAAAAGAAAGAAAAAUAAAACAUACCGACAAUUAAAACAUAAAUUAUUUUCAUCAAACAUACGAAUCUUACAGCAAUUAAUAAUAAAUUUAAAAAAACAUAAAUUGAUUUUCAAUAAACUUAACAAUCACUAAUUAAUAAUUGUUGAUAUUUAUAAAUAAAUUGUAAAUAACAAGUAUAUUUAAAAUAAUAGUUUCGAGCCAAAGAAAUAGUUUUAAAUAAUUAUUUUUUAUUAUUUUUAGUCCCUUGAAUAUUUAAUGAGUUGUAACUUAACAAGCAAUACCCGUAUGAGUGCCUAUGUGAUAAAUUAAUAACAAUAACGUUUUUUUUUCUAAUUUAAAAUGCAAUUUCUUCUUAUACCAAAUAUAAAUUAGUAUUUUAUUGUUUGUUUAUUGACCUAAAUGUUUUAUCUAACGAAGAAAAUUAUUGUUGAUAUUUUAUUUGUAUAACGACCGCCUGAUUAUAAAUGAAAAUCAUAAAUUUAUGUAUAAUAAUAUAUUGUAAAAAAAAAAUUAAAAAAAACUAAUAAGUUAAAAAAGAGUAAUAACUAUCGAUAGAGAAUGAAACA